AGUCCAAUCAAUGCCGGAUAGCACGUUAUUACAUAACUUGUAAUAGUCAACAACUUAUCAUCUUAUCUUAUUUCUUUUGUGAUUAUUAACUACCUCGCGUUCCUGGUUUGUUUCUUUUUGCCGUCGCCGUCUUCUGAAAUUGUGAUUGGUGGCGAAGUUGUUCAGAGGUAGUUGUAUAGUGUAUAUGUGGUGUUACCAAGGAAUUUCCCGAAGGUGAACCAGUCACAAUUACUAGGUAGUACAGGAUGUUGCAAUAGAGGCGGAGUGUAUUAGUUCUUAGGUAAAACUCUGUUGCCGGCUCGUCAGUUUGGGUGUUAUUUUCUUUAAUUUCUUUACUGAAUAGGUUUGAGCUAGUAAGCGAAAAUGGUUGUUAAAAAUGGAAGAGCAUUACAUUUUGUUUUCAAGAUUGCAGACCGUGCAGCCACAGCAAAGUUUUAUUUUUCAAUAUUAGGAAUGAAGGCAUUGAGACAUGAAGAGUUUCAAGAAGGAUGUGAUGCUGCUUGCAAUGGCUGGUGGUUUCAGGCCAUACGACAACCGCUGGAGCAAAACCAUGGUAGGAUAUGGACCGGAGGAUAACCACUUUGUAGUGGAGCUCACGUACAAUUACAACGUGAACAAGUACGAGCAGGGCAACGACUACCAGGGCAUCACAAUCCGGUCACGUGAAGCCAUCGCCAGAGCCAAGGCUGCUGGCUGGCCUAUCAGAGAGGAGAAUGGACUGAAUGUUGUGGAGGCACCGGGCGGCUACAAGUAUUUCUUGGUUGACGAACCUCAGCCAACAGAUAGAGAUCCUGUUGAGAAAGUGACUCUCUCGAGCUCCAACCUGGCUCGUACUCUUGCCUACUGGAAUGGAAUUCUUGGACUGAAGAUCUUCUCGCAGGACAAGGACAAGGCUGUACUUGGAUUUGCUGAAUCUCAGGCCAAACUGGAGUUCAAAGAUAUUGGUAAACCGGUGGAGCACGCGACGGCGUACGGACGUAUAGCCUACUCAGUGCCGGCAGCUGAGCAGCCCGCAAUACAUCAGGUCAUCAAGGACACUAACAACAAGAUACUGACUCCUCUUAUCACGCUGGACACCCCUGGCAAGGCUUCUGUCACAGUCAUCAUACUGGCCGACCCGGAUGAUCAUGAGAUUUGCUUCGUGGAUGACGAAAGCUUCAGAAUAUUGUCGGAAGUGGACCCGAAAGCAGAGCCAUCGCUUUUCAAAUACAUUGAGAAAGAUGAGAACAGAAAAAAGGUUUAAUGUUAAAAGUUUGGAUGAAUUAAACUUAUCCCUUAUGGUGAUGGAGAGAUAGAAUAACUUUAUGUGAUCUUUACUGUGACAGGAUGGGAUUGCCUUUACUGUAAGAUGUUAUUUUAUAAGAAAAUAAGAAAACUGGUGCAAUGUCUACUAUAUUAUUACUAUUAUGUUAUGAACCGUAAUAUGUCACUAUCAAUGAUAUGCACGUUAUUGUUAUUUGCACAUAAAUAAUAAAUAUUAUUAGUUUUAUAAAAA